CGCUUCCGACCCGGGUCUGAACACGCUAUACCCCUUUCACAUCGCAGUUUGGAGCCGUGUUAUUACCGGGUUAUUCCCGGGUUGGUGCCUUUCACACUGAACCCGGUUCACCCUUUGAAAACAUUUGUGAUGUCAUUAUAAAUGGACUUUUCUGUCUCCUAUUGAUGAGGUUUGAAAGGUAUUACAAGGAGGGGCUGGGGAGUGCUCAGUAGUGCAGCAAUCAUGGCCGACACAGCACAUGUCUCUAUAGACUUUGUGAUAGUCUCAGCUGUACUGCUCUUGGAUUCAGCCUGUGAGAGGAUAUUUGAGCUUCUCACAUUCUGUAGCUUGUUCAGCAGCUAUGUUAUGAGGAGGAGGAGGCUGCAGUAUUUGAGAGACACCGCCAUUCGUCGCCGGCAAUACCUGCGCAGGAGGAGAUCGUUUAUAUCUGCUUCUGUGACCACCAUACUCAACCUUAACCUCACUACUCAACGAAAAUUGUGGUCUAGAGAACGGCAGCAUGGGCAAGUUUUUAUGCAAAGUGUGCUGAACUUUCAGGAUGUUCAGUGGAAGUGUCACUUCAGAAUGUCACGUCACACAUUCCACUAUCUUUUGGAUUUAAUGUCCCCAGCACUCUCUAGACAGACCACAAACUUCAGGUCACCAAUAGAGCCAAGCAGGAGGCUAGCUAUAGCAUUGUGGUGGUAUGCCACUCCAGGUGAAUAUCGCACAAUUGCUUGCCUGUUUGGUGUGGGGUUAUCUACCGUUUGCACCAUUGUACAUGAGGUGACCAGAGCAUUGGUGGACAACCUAUACCACAGAUUUAUUUCUCUUCCGCAUGGCCAGCGUUUGGAUAAAACAAUAUUGGGAUUUGUGGAGUCUGGAUAUCCGCAGUGUGCAGGUGCAAUUGAUGGUACCCACAUCCCUAUAAUCGCACCUCAUGAUAAUCCUGCCGACUACUACAACAGAAAGGGAUGGCAUUCCAUUGUUUUGCAAGCUGUGGUGGAUCAUAAGUAUUGUUUCACAGACGUAUUCAUCGGUUGGCCGGGACGGUCACAUGACGCUCGAGUGCUUGCAAACUCUGAUCUGUACCGGGUAGCAGAGGACAAGCAAGGGGGCUACCUUUUUCCAAGAGAGAAAUCAAAAUUUGUGGAUGGAGUGGAGAUCCCGGUACACAUAAUUGGUGAUGCCGCCUACCCGUUACGACGAUGGCUCAUGAAGGGGUUCACCCAACAUGUCCAGCUGAGCUCCAAUCAAAUUACUUAUACGCACACCCUGAGCUCAGCAAGAAUGGUGGUCGAAAAUGCCUUUGGACGAUUAAAAGGACGUUGGCGCUGUCUUAUGAAGCGCAAUGAUGUAGACAUUAAUAUCAUGCCUAACAUUGUUGCAGCAUGUUGUAUUCUGCAUAACCUAUGUGAGUUUCAGAGGGAGGAAUUCCUCCCAGAGUGGACAAAGCAGGCCUCUGCUGCGUACCCUGCACUUGAUUGUGAGGCCUAUCUGGGCGACCAUUCUGGAAGUGCAGAACAGAUGAGGUCUGCUAUAAUGGCCAACCUUCCCUCAUUACUCCGUUAAUUUUUUUCAGUUUGUAUAUUCAGUAAAUUGUUGUUGCUACAAAAAAUAAACCUGUUUAGUUGACGUUCUGCUACUGUGUCGAUAACAAAUGUACAACAUCAAUAUCCAAUUUGAAAUGGAUGUAUCAUGCAUUUUGUUUGUAAGUAAAAAUAGGACAAGUCCAAAGAUUAACAAAAGAUCAGAGACCUUAGAAUUUUAAUUUGUAUAAAACUUUGGUAAAUAAAGUAGUGAAAUCUUUACAGUAAUAAAAGUCCAACCAGUAAUAGUGUAGGAAAAACACUCCUAUGAUUUUAAAACCAACUUUUUUAAAAGACAAUAACCAUUUAAGAUAAAUUACGAUAAAUAGGAGACUCUGUAGUUGUCUCCGUUUCAGAAGGUGAUUGGGUGUGUUGAGGUUGUGUAUGUCGAGGAUGGGUAUAGUGAGUUGGAGUUAGUGGAGGUGGGGUUUGUUGAGGUUGUGUAUGUCGAGGAUGGGUAUA